AUGCUGCGCAACGCCAUCCCACCAUCUGUGCCUACUUUGUCACUCAGCAUGUCUUUCCCCAGGGUUGCCUCGUCGAGGUUUAUCUGUAAUGCUUGUCGCAGCGCGCAUACGCGACAAUUCGGGCCAGUACCUAGGCCCCAUGGUGCAUCACUGCGCACCUCGCUUUCGACAUUCUCACAAUGCGCCUUCAGUACAAGUGCGAUUCGAAGGUUAGAUAGGAAUGAUCCUUUGGCGGAAGACCCCGAGUUUGCUUUCCUUGAAGACAGUUCAAAGCCGGUUCCUGCGGAUCCUGUGUCGCAAGAAGCCACGACAGACCCUCUGGGAGACUCAAAUGAAGCCGCGCCAGAAGUCGCUACCAAAGCCACGCCAUCUGUAACGCCAGUGUCGCCUCAACAAGACAACGCAGUCCCAUGGUACUUAAGACAACAGUCUUCAAUCCAAUCGCCCGCAUUAAACCCCGCCGAAAUACCGGAUCUUCCACCGAAUCCGCCACCGCUCCUCAAAACGCUUCUCGAUUAUGUCUCGAUCACGGCUGGUCUGGACGACUUGCAAUUGCUCGACCUGCGAAACCUCGACCCUCCGCCUGCGCUCGGCCCCAAGCUGAUCAUGAUUAUCGCGACAGCGCGCUCUGAAAAGCAUCUUCACGUAGCGGCCGAUCGGUUUUGCCGAUACCUUCGACGCGAACACGGCUUGAAGGCGAACGCAGCUGGUCUGUUGGGUCGCAACGAGCUCAAGAUUAAGCUGAGGCGGAAGGCGAAGCGCAUGAGAAUGUUAGCAAACGUCGGUGGUGCCGCGCCGGAGGGGAAUAUUGAUGACGGCAUACGGACAGGCUGGAUCUGUUGUACCCUUGGAAAACUGGAAGCACAUCCCGACGACACGCACAUGCCAGGUGCUGAUGUGGAACAGUUUGUAGGAUUCAGAGACAUCAAGCCGGGCGUGAACGUGGUUGUGCAAAUGUUUACGGAAGAGAAGAGAGCGGAGACAGAUCUAGAGACACUGUGGGGUGGAGUGCUAAGAACACACCAAAGGAAGGACAAGAGCGCCGACGAAGCGCUGAAGGAACUGGAGCAAGACAUCGAGGAUCUGGAAGAGGACGCGGAAGACCUUGAAUACCAAGCACGAGAGUCGCCGCAAGCAGUCAACAAGCCGCCCACCGAGUCUAGCAAACCUGCCAGCCCUCCAACACCCACGCAACAGAUGCACCGUCCCCGCCCCACUCCAAGCGACUUCUUCCCGCCCGCUCCCACCUCAGAGGGUAGGAGGCAGAUGCGCCGAUUACAUACAGUUGGCCUCAGAUAA